AUGACGAAAACAACCUCAUUAAUACCACUUAUCCACUUCUCUUUCUACACCAUCUUCGUCCUCCACCUCUUCAGUCAUGCAAACUCUAAACUCAUCAAUGCUGAAGAGCAAGCAAUCCUACUCAACCUGAAGCAACACUGGCAAAACCCACAGCCUCUCCGCCACUGGACCCCAUCAAACUCCGCCUCCCACUGUUCUUGGCCAGAGAUCACCUGCUCCGAUGGCUCAAAUAACUUGACCGGGUCAAUACCCGAUGAUUUCGAAAGACUCACCAAAUUGUCGGGUUUGGCUUUGUUUUUCAAUCAAUUAUCUGGAAAAGUUCCAUAUAGCAUAGGUCGUCUUCCGGGGCUGAUAAAUUUACAAUUGUUUGACAACAAUUUAUCAGAUACUCUACCCCCAGACCUUGGGAGAUAUUCUAUGCUCGAAGAGUUUCGGGUGUCGUCCAAUAGGUUUACUGGCCAGCUGCCACAACACUUGGGUGAUAAUGGAAGGUUGACAAGUGUGGAGGUUUUCAACAACAGCCUCAGUGGUCAACUGCCCAAGUCCCUUGGAAGUUGCAAUAAUUUGACAAUUCUUAGAGUUGAGAAUAAUAGGUUUUCUGGGAAUAUUCCUAGUGGCCUAUGGACAUUAUUCAGUUUGAGCAUGUUGAUACUAAGUAACAAUUCUUUUACAGGUGAGCUUCCUGAGAGAUUAUCAUGGAAUCUUACUCGAUUAGAGCUGAGUCACAACAAGUUUUCAGGUAAAAUUCCGGUGGGAGUGUCUUCCUCGAGGAACUUGGAUUAUCUCGAUGCCAGCAAUAACCUCUUAAACGGUUCAAUUCCUCAAGAACUAACAGCUCUUUCUUGUUUAACAAUUCUUUUACUUGAUCAAAACCGAUUCUCAGGCUCCCUUCCACCACAUAUUCUAUCAUGGAAAUCGUUGACUACUCUAAACCUUAGGCAAAAUGCAAUCUCUGGACAAAUUCCAGAGGAAUUCGGUAAUUUACCAAGCCUUGCUGAUUUGGAUUUGUCAGAAAACCAACUUUCUGGCCAAAUUCCACUGCAACUUAGCUCCAUAAAUCUCACUUCACUCAAUCUCUCUUCCAAUCAUUUGACUGGGAGGAUCCCAUCUGGAUUCCUGAGUUGUGCUUAUGUAGGAAGCUUCUUGAACAAUCCUGGUCUCCGUGCUUCUAGCUCAUCAAUAAACAUUGACAAAUGCAAUUCCAAUUCAAGCAAAAUUUCGGUUCAAUUUCUUGUUUUGAUAAUAUGUUCACUGAUAGCAACACUUCUACUACCUUUAUUCUUCGUGAUCAGAGUUUUCAUGAGAAGAAAGCAAGGAUCGGAUUUGACUUGGAAGCUCACCUCAUUCCACAGGCUGAAUUUUACGGGAUCAGACAUUAUGUCAGGAAUGACAGAAAAUAAUGUGAUAGGCCGUGGUGGAUCAGGGAUGGUAUACCGUGUUGCAGUGAAUCCUUCACGUGAUAUUGCUGCUGUGAAUCCUUCAUGUGAAAUUGUUGCUGUGAAGAGGAUUUGGGAUAAUGGAAUUCUAGAUCACAAGCUUGAAAAACAAUUUCUUGCAGAAGUUAAAACACUCAGUUCAAUACGACAUUCCAAGAUAGUGAAGUUGCUCUGUUUUAUCUCCGGUGGUGAUUCAAAACUUCUUGUCUACGAGUAUUUGGAAAAUGGUAGCUUGGAUCUAUGGCUGCAUAGGAAGAGUGGGGCAUCAAAUGUCGCAGAUUCAGUCCAGCAAGUCAACCUGGAUUGGCCUAAGAGGUUGCAGAUAGCAGUUGGAGUUGCUCAGGGACUUUCUGUUAGGGCAACCAUCGUUGAGCAGAGUUCAAACUUCAAACCAGAAGUGACGAACUCAACCUCGACAUGA